AUGACCGACAUACCUUCGACACCCACCCUAACGCCCCAGUUCUGUUUCUCCUCUGGCACUCUCCGAGACUUUCUCCGACUGUCACGGUCCGGUAUCGACGACUCCAUCACCCAGAACCUGAAUGCGCUCGUAACGCCUGCAAGAGCCGGCUUCGACCCAUCCUCAACCUCGCAUCGCACACCAAGCUCGGUAUCCAGGCAGAUUAGCCCCCAGUCAUGCCAGUCUUUCAAGGAGAAGGCCCUGUUCCCUGCCUGGGAAGCUCGCAGAGAAGUCUUGUUCUAUUGCAGUGUCGUGGCUGCCAGCCCCGACCCGGAGGAUCCCGAGUCGACGUUACGGGAGCUUGAGAACCAGAAAGAUCGAGAGAGGGUUGUAGAUGAGAGGCUUGACCCCUAUUCCGGGCGAUUCUUCCCGCGGGAAGCCCGGACAGAGACCCUUGCAUCUCUCAUCCGACAAGAGAACUCUAUCGAGAAUAUUGUGAAGAGUAGGACCUGGAGCAUUGUCCAGCAGCGAUGCGGUGGCAGCAACGAGAGCUGGGAGAAGGCCGUGGAAAAGUGGAGGGAAUCCAGAUCCUAG